AUGGCCUUCCGAUAUGACAUGGCCGUCAGAACUACGGUACUCACCUUGAGGAACUCAGAUGGGAAACUCGCGAAUCCUGGAGACCGCAAUGAAGAGUUGGAGCGAGAUGCUCGUUUAGACUCGGAGCAACUUGGAGACUUUGACCCAUGUUUCGCCGACUGCAACCCUUAUGCUGAUGGUCAAAUCAAAUCGCACAUCAAUCCGAUUUCUGGUGAGAGACUGCGACAGAACACCCCCUCUUUUGGACCCAGCCGAAAUGACCACUCUAUGAGUUCAACCUUUGGCAAACCAAAUGCUAGAUCCUGGGGUUUCGCAAACCAGGUGGUGUAUGAGGGUCCGGGUGCGGUGAACUUUACCAACUUUGACGAUCACGGGUAUGGAAGUUGUUUGACUCGCGGUCGCGGUAGAGGUGGUGGUUAUGGUGGAGGUCGUGAUCUUUCUCCUAGGGGCCGUCGUGGACAGGAUAGUUAUGACAACCGCAGAGCCGAAGGCAGCGGUUCAUGGAGAGAAGAUCGACGCGAAGAUCGCAGAAGUGAUGAGCGUGUGCCUACAGGGCCUAAAUUUGGAGGAAAUGGGAAGGCAAAGAAAAUUCAAAAGACGUACCUGGUACGCAUCGGCGUGUGUAGUCCGCCCAACGACUUGAUCGGAAAACCGUACAUUGUACGCAAGGCGUGUGUACCCGCCCUGAAGUUUAUCUUCAUGUUUCUUGAUUUGUACCGGCUAAGAGUCCACAUCACCAUGAUAUACGGUGCAGUCGCAGUAAUUUGA